AUGGGUUUCGCUCCUUGCGGGCGUGCUGGUUUCCUCCUUGUGCUUCUCGGCCUCUGUGCGGCGGCCGGCUCGUGCUCGGCGCAGCUCCCGCCGCCGGAGAUGCUGCACGAGAGCUUCGCGGGGAAGUCCGAGUUCAGGACGGUCAACCGGAGGCCGCUGGAGUCGUGCCUGAACCCGAGCCCGUACCUGUCCAUCAAUGUCACCACCGCCGGCCCGCUGCCCGACGAGGCGUUCGUCAACGUCACCGUCGGCGGCGUCUUUAGGCCCCGCGGCUCGCACUGGGUCGCCAUGAUCACGCCUUCAAACUCCAGCGUUUCCGGGUGUCCACUGAGCGGCGUGAACUAUUUCGAGACCGGCGACACGGCGAAGCUCCCUCUCCUGUGCCACUACCCUGUGAAGGCCCAGCGGGUGAAGAGCGACCCGGGCUACCUCGGGUGCAAGAAGGCGGCGUGCCAGAAGCGGGACGCGUCGGGCGGCUGCCAGGUCCGGACGUGCGGCGCCACGCUGACGUUCCACGUCGUCAACUUCCGCACGGACGUGGAGUUCGUCUUCUUCGCCGGCGGGUUCCAGACGCCGUGCCUCCUCAAGCGCUCCGGCGUCCUCCGCUUCGCCAACCCGGCCAAGCCGCUCAACGGCCACCUCUCCAGCACCGACUCCUCCGCCACCUCGAUGAAGAUCACGUGGGUGAGCGGCGACGGGAGGCCGCAGCAGGUUCAGUACGCAGGGGGCAGGGCGGCUGCCUCCGUCGCCACGACCUUCACGCAGAAGGACAUGUGCAGUGCGCCCCUGUUGCCGAGCCCGGCCAAGGAUUUCGGGUGGCACGACCCCGGCUACAUCCAUUCGGCCGUCAUGACCGGCCUCCAGCCUUCUCAGUCCUAUGCCUAUCGCUAUGGAAGUGAUUCUGUGGGUUGGAGUGACACUGUCAAGUUUAGAACCCCUCCAGCUGCAGGGUCGGACGAGACGUCCUUUGUGGUCUAUGGCGACAUGGGGAAGGCUCCACUAGACCCGUCGGUGGAACACUAUAUUCAGCCGGGAUCGAUCGCUGUGACCAAAGCAGUCGCCAAAGAGAUGCAGACCGGGAAGGUCGACUCCAUCUUCCACAUCGGAGACAUCAGCUACGCCACGGGGUUUCUGGUGGAGUGGGACUUCUUCCUCCACCUCAUCAGGCCGCUCGCUUCUCAGGUCUCCUACAUGACCGCCAUCGGCAACCACGAGAGGGAUUAUGCAGGGUCUGGGUCUGUGUACGAGACACCGGACUCCGGCGGAGAAUGCGGCGUCGCGUACGAGACCUACUUCCCCAUGCCCGCUGCCGGCAAGGACAAGCCGUGGUAUUCCAUCGAGCAAGGCAGCGUCCACUUCAUCGUCAUGUCCACGGAGCAUUCCUGGUCACACAAGUCGGAGCAAUAUAACUGGAUGGAGAAGGGUUUGUCGUCGGUCGAUCGAUCCAGGACUCCAUGGGUGAUCUUCAUCGGGCAUAGACCAAUGUACUCAUCGAAUGUGGGUAUAAUUCCCAUAAUUCCCAGCGUGGACCCGAACUUUGUUGCCUCCGUGGAGCCACUCUUGCUCAGGAACAAGGUGGAUUUGGUUUUCUUCGGCCAUGUGCACAACUACGAGAGGACCUGCGCGGUGUACAAUGGCAAGUGCAGAGGCAUGCCGAGGAAGGAUGCAAAUGGGAUCGACACCUACGAUAAUAGCAACUACACUGCGCCAGUCCAUGCCAUCGUUGGAGCAGGAGGGUUCAGCUUGGACGACUUCUCUCUGUUUCCGCAGAGCUGGAGCGUGUCGAGGAUUUCAGAGUUCGGUUAUGCCAGGGUGCACGCCACAAGGACCAGUGUAUUGGUUCAGUUUGUAAGCUCAGGCACGAUGGAGAUCCGGGACCAGUUUAGAAUUGUGAAGGGAGGCAGAUGA